AUGGCCGGAUCAGCCCUGCUGCGCAGCUCUGCGAUUGGCGGCCUGGUGCUUGCAGCCUUGCAGCUGCCCUGGUGUCCUCGCCUUUCUGUCUCAAAGCAGCUCUUGGCCGGCUGCUUGCUGGGCUACCUGGCGAGUGUCCUUGACGGCUCGGAGAAGCGACCCGGCUGCCGCAGAAGCCCCUGGCUGCUCAGGGUGGUUCAGCGCUUUUGGAACCAGGUCCUGCCAAGGUUGUUCAACAUCGAUUGCAGCUUGGAGGACGAGGAGGAGCUUCGAAAGUGUGGCCACUGCGUCGUGGCCGUUCAUCCGCACGGUGUUCUCUCUUUAGGGCACUAUCUGGUGAUCUCUGGCUUCCAUCCGGACCUCGAGAGGGCUCUGCCCGCAAGCAGACGCUGUGCCUUGAGUGCCGGUGUCUUGUUCAAGCUUCCUGGAGUGCGGGAACUGGCGCUUGGAUUGGGAUGCGUUGAUGCGCAUCGGGAUGUAGCCAAGAGGUGCCUGUCCAACGGGCUUAGCAUAUCUGUGGUUCCCGGCGGUGAGCGGGAGCAGCUUCUCGCACAGCGAGGCAAAGUCGAACAGCUGGUUCUGGCUCAGCGGCAGGGCUUCGUUCGCCUGGCCCUUCAGCAUGGGGUGCCGUUGGCCUGGCCUGUUUUAGCGUUGAUGGUUUGGGAUGUACGGUUGACAGUUUGUGCCCACAGCGGCCUGAUAUCAGCCGGAGCCAUGGCGUUGGAUCUGCAAGGGCCAGACUCCACGGGGUCGAGGCCCAGACCACCGUUUUCCCAGCGGCUAGCGGCACAGUUGGCAGUAGCGAUGCCGGAGCUGGGCUGGAGUGUGUGCGAGCCGCUGUUCAUGCCUCUCCUGCUGGAGCUUGAGGUUCCAGAUUCCCUGCUCGCGGUUUGCUGGGUGAUAAGCCCCGCUGCGGGAUUAGUUUUGCAGCCCUGCGUCGGCGCUUUGAGCGACAAGUAUGGAAGGAGACCCUUCAUUCUGCUCUUUGGGUUCAUGGCAGUUGUCGGCCUGACAGUCACACCGCUCCUUGCCGAACUUGCCUCGAAGGCCAUCGCGCGGCCGUUGGCCAUCGUAGCGUUCGGUUUGGCAGAUGUCAGUCAUGACAUGCUCGUAACUCCAACCCGGGCGCAGAUGAACGACGUCUUCGACCCUGACGCGGCAGAGUCGCGAAGUGCAGUGAUUGGUGGAAUCGCCAAGACAUUCGCUAUGCUGUGUGCAAUCCUGUUGCCGAGAGCUGGAGCUUUUUUGACAGUCGCAGUUGUGGCGUUUUUUUCAACGACAGCACAGCUGUUUUGGCGACCGGAGAAGGCGGCACUUGCGAUCCAGGACAGCCUCGCGGAGGUUCAACAGGAAAAUGCGGCCUCGGAAAGGGUUCGCACGUAUCCAGCCGGAUUUUGGCAACUCUGGCUCCUUCAAUGUGCGGGCUGGCUGUCAGUAUGCACAUGGAGCUUCUACUUCACAAGCGUCUGGGCGGAAGUCAAGGGAGCUCGCUCCAGCAGAAGUCCCGGCUUCGAGCCGGCCGUGCGGGAGGCCACGGGGUACCUUCUGCUUGGGUCUUUCGUCUUCUUGGGAGCUGGAGGGGCCCUCUCAAGACUCUCAAACCUUUGCACAGAGCACACCUCACUCUGUGCUUCUGUUGUUGUGAUGAUGUUGACUCUCGUGGUGCUGUGCAUGGCACACUUGAACAGCAUACUGCACUGGCUGGCAGCAGCUUUGGUGGUUUUCGCGAUGCCUGUGGCCUACCAGAUACUUGCAAACACUCCCUUCAAGUGGUUAGAGAGCCAGCCGGGCUUUGACGAAACUCAGCGCGGUUGGCUCACAGGGAUCUUCAACACCACCCUGGCGGUGGCGCAAGCAUUUACGGCUGUCCUCAGCGGUCCGAUCGUGGCGGCCGCCGGGGGCCGACUUUGGGCCGCGUAUGCAGCAGCCUUUCUCUUCGACGUACUGGUCCUCGUCGUGGUGCUGGUAAUGAGGCUCCGGUCCCUCUCCUCCCCCCGGGAGCUUAGCGAUCUGAACCAGCGAUGA